AUUUUAUUAUUACUAGAAUAUAAUUAACAGUGUAUAACAUUUAUUAAUUGGGUAAAUAUGGCUUGUGCAGUUGACUUUUCCAAAAAAUCAAUUUUCUUAGUUAGUGGUGCGUCUCAAGGUAUUGGAAGAGAAAUUUCAAUUAAGUUUGCACAAAACGUAAAUAAAAAUUCAAUUUUUAUUUUGUUGGCUCGAUCUCUAGAAGGUUUAGAAGAAACGAAAAAACGGAUUUCAAAAAUUGAUAAUGGUUUAACAGUUUUAACACAUGCAAUAGACCUAUCUAAACCCAAUCUUGAAAAAUACAACCAGCUUUUUGACCAAGUUUUAAAGACUAUCGAUUCUACUGGUAUAGAAUAUGGGUAUAUUUUCCACAACGCUGCUAGUAAUGGAGAAAUGAAAAGAAUAUCCGAACUCAGUAACAUACAAACUUGGAGAGAAUACUAUGAGUUUAAUCUAUUUUCUGCUGUAUUGCUCAAUAAUGCAUUUUUAGAAAAAUUCAGUCCCGUUGCUCAGAAAUUAGUAGUGGUAGAAAUUAGUUCUGCAUGCGCCAUUGUUCCAUAUCCACACUUGGUUUUGCAUGGGACAUCAAAAGCUGCACGUCAGAACUUCUUCAAAGUUUUAGCAGCUGAACAACUAAACAUUAUCGUAUUAAUCUAUUGUCCAGGAGCUGUGAGAACAGAGAUGUUUGAUUUGAUGUGCAAAACAGCAGAGCCUAUAGAAGUUAGAAGGGCGUUUCAAGAAAUUACAGAUAAAAAUAUAUUAACUACUGAUCAAACUAUUGGUAGAUUAGUUGAAAUUUUAAGAAAAGGUGAUUUUAAGAGUGGCGAUAUUGUAGAUUAUCACAAUCAUUUUGGCAGUAUCAAUAGCUUCAAGUAGAUAUAAGGACUAAAUA